UAGCGCUCGUCGCGGUUGCACGCGAACUGUCAACACUAUCAACGGAUAGAAUAGUGCAGACGCGGUUUUUUAGUGUUGUGUUUUCAAUAAAAAGGUUUCGAUUUUGUGGGUGUUGUGAGGGCAAACAAGAUUCUUUUUUAUUUAAAGAUCCAGUAAUGUCCUGUGCCCAUUAAGAACACCAGAAAAAAUGGCGAGCGCCGGCGCUGUUCUCCUCGAGGCUCGGCCUUUUAGGCCUUUCAAGUCCUCUGAGGAGUACCUCUACGCUAUGAAAGAAGACUUGGCAGAAUGGCUGACUGUCCUUUACCCUGAACUACGUAUUAAUGCUGAUAAUUUCUUGGAUAGAUUGGACACAGGCGUCGCUUUAUGCAGGCACGCGAACGCUGUCCGCGAAUCAGCGAAACUCAUCCUAGACUCACCGGUGCCAGAAUCAGAAGAUGCUUUGAUACUUGCAAAAGCUCUGCGUACCCGGCCACCAGUCAACAUGCUUCCUGCUGCUAAAGCUGGUACUUUCUUCGCCAGAGACAAUUUAUCGAACUUUAUCGACUGGUGCCGUAAAGCAUUGGACAUCCUGGAAUGUCUCCUAUUUGAAACAGAUGAUUUAUGUCUUCGAAAGAAUGAGAAGCAUGUUGUCUUGUGUCUCCUAGAAGUAGCUAGGAAGGGAGCAGUUCUUGGCAUGCCCGCUCCAUUGCUUGUUCAAAUGGAGAAACAAAUCGAGAGGGAAUUAGCCGGUGAAGAGUUGAGACCAGAUGAUUCAGCGCUGGGCUUAGUACCCUCAGGACCUCAGCCGCAGUUGGUCACAAAUGACCUAAGAAGUUUGGAUGAGCGGGUCAGAGAUUUGGUAGAAAGAUGCUCCUGUCCCACCCAAUUUCCGAUGGUGAGGGUUUCGGAGGGAAAAUACAGGAUUGGAGACACUAGAAUGCUGAUCUUCGUCAGAAUUCUACGAUCACACGUAAUGGUACGCGUUGGAGGUGGUUGGGACACUCUUGCACAUUAUCUGGACAAACAUGAUCCCUGUCGCUGCAAGGCACAGCAUCGGACAUCUCUCUCCGCCCGCUUAGCUCGCCCGAAACACGACCUCGCUGGAGCCACAGUCACGUACGAACGACCAGACCCAGGACCUACCUCACUCCCAUAUAAAGACUACAAAGAAAAUAAGAACUACGAGCCAAUGUCUUUACCAUAUUCAGCUAAAGUGUACAACGAUGAACCGAAAUCUGGACAAUAUUUAUCUAACAACAAAUUAGACGCUCCAACAAGCCUACCAUAUUUAGGAGACAUGGACAGAGCUUUAUCUCCAAGCAGGAAGCAUCUUACAACAAGAAAUAAUAGCCCUGGCAGACAUUCGUCGUCACCAGAUCGUAGGACAAAAAUUGUUCCGUCAAACCAUUUGGUACCAACCCCUCAUGCUGUCAGGAAUAAGAGUCCAAGGCCGGUGUCUCCAGCGCCAGCCGCCGAGAGCGCUUCAGAUAAUGGAUCAGAGGUUUCUGACGAGGGGUACAGAAGCCUGGGAGUGGUGGCAGGUUCCACACAAGGGUCGCCUUCUACGAAAACAACGAAUAGAUAUUCGCUGCACAGUCAAAAUUCUAUGGACGACGCUGAUUUUAGUGAGCGUCUCGACCACGACGACGGCUGUCACGUAGAUAAAAGCGAUCGCGUUGAUGACUAUGUGAGCUUGAACACAGGACUCCGUAAAACGGAUUUCUCAGACACAUUCUACGGUGGUAGAAAGAACAGCUCAGAGGAUAAGUCUAAUCGUACGAGUCCAGAAUGCAUCAUAGUACAUGAAAACAACGAUUCGCCCAGUAAAAGCCUUAGACCGACACGAGAUGCAUCGCAGUCACCGGUGAAAACCAUUAGGAGUAGACAGGCCAGCCGGAUUCCACACUCUCCGGUCAGAAAUAGAACACCAAGUAGGGGAAACACCCCGAGCCCUAAACACACCCCCAAUCCACAAUCGUCACCAAAGCUGGCCCCAAAACUACCGCCAACAGCGCGUAACACUUGGGGAGGCAGAACUGCUCCUAAUCAAACGAAAACUAAAUCAAGACCGACUAUUGGAGCUGAUACAUUUGAGAAUCCGAAUAAGUCACCCAAGAAUAAGCCAAAAGUUCAAAAUGAGGCGUUUAAAAGAAAUUCACCGCUCAGAGCUAGUAGUGCGACCCUGAGAUCUCCGACUCAUCAGAAGGCAUUGAGUCCUCUGUUGGAACAAAUCUUAAGAUCUACCGAGACCGCGAAGGAUGAUGCCACAGUUCUGGAAAAAAUGAAAGAGAUCAUCAGGACUUAUUCGAAAGGGGAAGAUUCUUUAUCAAGGACUAGCUCUAAAGACUCGGAUUAUGCUGACUUCACAUCAGCUUGGGUGAUGUCUGAUGGGAAACUGGAGAGGUCGACCAGUACUAGGCAAUUGGCUGCACCUAGAAAAGAUCCUAGGAACGGUGCGUCUAGGAUACCAGCUCCAGUGUCUAUAGGCUGCCGGAGGUCAACAUCAACAACUCAAUUCCAAUGACCUGGUGAAAAAUAUCAGGAAUAAAAAGACUUAUGCACCAGGUUCUCGUUCGAAUCAAAUGUGAUUAAUCAAGCACGUGAAUUUUGUGAAAUCGGAUAAUUUUAGGAAAGUGAAUAUACGAAAAGUGAUCGCAAAGCUAGGCUUUAAUGGCAUAUAGAAGUAGGCUACCUAAGUAUUUACACAUCGUAAAUACAUCAAUAUCUCUAUCAUAUCUUAAAUAGUAGAUAUACUACGUUAUAAUGUAAAAGAUUAAAAAAAUCUAAUUUCAUUUAACGUAUUUUUUUGUCAAUAGCAGUUUUUCUAAGAAUAAUUAACAUAGAAAUUAUAAUUUUUGUAGUUUCUAAUAUUUUGAUUUUUAAUUAUGAAAAUUAAACAAGAAAAAACGCAUUAUGAUUGACGUUGGCGGCACUCCAUUGAUACAUUACCAAAUAAAUGUAAAAAAAAUGCUAUUUAUGAUAAAAAAAAGAAAAAAAGUUUGAUUUAUAUUGCUAGUUUGUUACAACUGUCAAAUAAAUCUGUCAAUUGGAAGGCUGUCAAAAGAGAAUAAUAAAGUUAGAUGGUGCUAAUUAACAAUUGAACCUUUAAUUUAAGUUAUUUUAUUUUUAACUUACGAAAUACGAAAGAAAAAAAAUAAGUUAAGUUUACCUAAGAUGUUUAAUCUUUAAUAGUAUUAUUCAAUUUUUCAAUGUUACGUUACUUUAAGAUUAGUAGAUAUAUUUCUACAUUAUGACAAGUUAUAUUUUUUAAGUUAAAUUUAAGCAUAUCUUACAAUGAUCCCGGCUUUUAAAAGUCAACUUACAAGCAUUUAAAAAUUCAAAAAACGCCAAUGUGUAUUGGCUAUUAUUCUUCUCAGUAAUCUCAUUUUUAAAGUAGGAUGUAAAGGGUCUGAGCUUAUAAUUGCAAAUUUUGUUGAAAUCAUAAAUAAAAAAAGAAAGAAACGGCACAAUAAUAACGACAUCCAUGAGUAUACCUCACUUAGUUUAAAUAUAGAUUAAAAAUAUUUUUUCACACGAUAUAAAAUUUAAAUGUCAUCUAAAUUAUUAAAAUGGCCGUCCGUCAAAAUGACGUAUAUCAUAGAGUCGUUACGUUCGUUGUAAAUAAAUAAUUUAAUGAUAAUUAAAUUAACGAUCGUAUCGACUGAAGUAUCGAUGUACAGAUAUAAAAGAUAAAAAACGAAUGUAUGAACUGUUUUAACAUACAUUGUUUAAUAUUAGUAGAUUUUGUAGAAUUAUAUUCAAAUACGUUCAUUCUCUAUUUAUAGAAAAUGACUUAUAAACUGGUAUUGUAAUAUUUUGUACCAAAAAGGUUCAAUAUAGUUCUAAAUUAUUGGCAUUUUGUGAGAAUCUGUUGUAUCUUUAGCUAUGAAUUUUACUGCUUACCUAAUCUGCACUUUAUAAUGCUCUACCCGAUAUCUAUACUGAAUAUAAAUAUAUUUAGGUAAUCACCAAACAUUUAAAUCUGUAUAUUAUUUGACAAUGAUUUUUAUUGAUUAAUCUUUUAUUGAAUAAUAUUUGAAUUAAAUGUUCGGUGAAAAUAAAUCGCUCAUUUACCUACUUAUUCAAUAUAAACAUUUUUAGUUCAGAGGUAAUCAAUAAUUAAAUUUAUUUAAGACUAUAUUAUAUAGUAUCCGAUAUUUUACAUAAUAUAAUUUUGACAAUAAUAAUUAUUUUUUAGUAUACAAUUUAUAUUACCUCUGAAAAAUAUCUAAAAAUAUUUAUAAGCUAGCUGUAAUGCAAUAUGUUUCUACUUAAAUGUCAUAAAAUUAUCAUAAAUAUUUAUUGGUAAGAAUUAUUUUAAGAUUACAUAUAAUUUUCUACAUUUUUUGUAUUUUUUAUUAUAAUUAUGGUGAUCUUAUGGCAUUUAAGAGCUCUUAGCUACUUAAGAGGCUAAGUUUAUUAGAAUACUGUUUCUUCUACGUAUGUUACCAGUGACUAUGCCAUAGAAAUCGUUAUAACACUCCGAAUAAAGCGUUAAGCAUUUAAUGGAUA